AUGUGGCGACGACGUGUAGGUACGGUUACGGCUACUUGGAUCGUUUUCAACAGCUAUAUCCUCGAUCUGGACGUCAUUCAUCUAGGGUUCGGCUAUGGUGGGCUUCACCUGCUUCUUGCUUUGCUGGGCUUCCCUGUCCCCCUUGGGUUGGGAGAGGAAGACACAGAGGGUGGCCUCCGUUGCCCCGCUAAUGGAUCUGCCGAAGACGGGCCAUCCAUGGCCUCCUCGGCCGGCGGAGGAGGUUCCGCCGACAUGUCUGGCUGA